CGCGUUAGCAACAAGGGGGGUUUGGGGCGGCAGGAAACGUAAGGAUCCCUUCGGGCACGCAGUUUUCCCCCUAGGAUGGCGAAGUCAUAGCCGCCCUGGGAGCGACAUCGGUUAGUCUAAGAAUACCAGGGUAAGCCAAUCAGGGGCAGAGUAGGGCGGGUCGCGCCUUCGCCGUCCUAGGAAAACGCGUCUGGACAGAUGUCGCAGGCUGGGAGGCGGAACGCGUGGGUGGAAGGCGGUGUACUGAGCUGUGACCUGGCCUGACCACAAUCGGUCGGGGCAACGACUGGUCAAUCCUGCUUCCCGCCCCAUUUUGGCAACCGGUAAGGCAUCAGUCCUGGUCCCCUGGUCAGUUGGUCUUUGCAUCUCCACCAUGGAUAACCUAGAGGAGGACCUGACGUGCUCCGUGUGCUACGCUCUGUUUUCCGACCCGCGGGUUCUGCCGUGCUCGCACACGUUCUGCAAGACCUGCCUGGAUAACGUUCUCCAAGUCUCAGCCAACUAUUCUAUCUGGCGCCCGCUUCGCCUCCCUCUGAAGUGCCCCAACUGUCGCAGUGUGGUGGAGCUGCCUCCGUCCGGUGUAGAUGCUCUGCCCAUCAACGUGUCACUGCGGGCCAUCAUUGAGAAGUACCAAAAAGACAGUCAGCCAAGGCCACCCUCCUGCCCGGACCAUCCCAGGCAGCCGCUGAACGUGUACUGUGUCCAGGACCGCCAGCUGAUCUGCGGGAUGUGUCUGACGGUAGGGCAGCACCAGGGCCACCCUAUAGACGACUUGCAGGCUGCCUUCAUCAGAGAAAAACAGACUCCUGGAAAUCUAAUGGCCAGACUCUCUGAUCAGAGGUGGGCACAGGUUUGUGAGUUGGGGGAGUUGUUGGAACAGGAGAAGGCGCAUUGCGAGGGCCUGGUGAAGAAGGACCGACUGGCUGUUGAUCAGUUCUUCCAGACACUGGAGCUCGUGCUCUCCAGGAAGAGACAGGCCUUCCUUGCAGCUUUGGACAACGCCAGCGCAGAGGUCUGCCAGGCCUACAACCCGUUAAUUGACAGGGUGAAAGAGCUACAGGAGGAGCAGUUGGACCUGGUGUCUGUGUGCUCGUCGGUGGAGGAGGAGGACUCUCCACUGGUGUUCCUGGAGAAAGUCCAUCUUUUCCGAGAGAGGUUGGAGGUGUUGCUCAAAGCCCCUUUGCCCUCUACCAUAGCCCUUACCAUCACACCCCGGGCUACAGAGUACCUUCAGGAGCACUGGCCUGCAGUGACAAUUGGAAAGCUGGAGGAGGCCCCGGUACCCAGGGUGAGUUGCUGUGCCAAGCUGGGAGAUCAGGAGGUCGGAAGGGGUCAGUGUGAGAGCCGGGCCCAGGACAUGUGGAGUGAGCUCCAGCCCACCCCUGCAAUGGUGUUCCUCGGGCUGCUGUUGCUGGCGGUGGCCCUGUGGGUCAACCCCGUAGGGGGAGCAUCCCUGGGUUUCUCCCUCCUCUCACAGUUCAGCCAAAUGGUUCACGGCCUGAGCAGUGAACUGGCAAGCUCCGUUUGGGAGAUGGCCGAGUGGUUGUAUGUGGAGAUGGGAGAGGCAAUGGAGAGAUGGAGCGCCUUCCUCUCCAUCCUGAGGGAAAAUGCCUUUCAACAGCUUGGCGCUUUUUUCAAGACCUUCAGCUCCUUUUGAGAGCAAACUUUCCAUUUCAGACACCGUUCCGUGUUGACAGAUUGUGACGUUUCCAAACCUUGUUAGUGUCCAAUAAACCUCAUUUUAUGUAGCACCGGUGUUCCUGCAUAAGUCCAUAAAGUACAGAACAUUACUCGGUCCUUUAGAAAUCAAAACAAAAAAAAUAUGAAACAAAUCGAUCAACUGUCAUCCUGAUACACACUGGAAAACACGCCCAUCAGCCAAAACAUUAAAACCACUGACGGGGAAGUGAAUAACAUGGAUUAUCUCGUUACAGUGGCACCUGUCAAGUGGUGGAACAUGUGAGGCAGAAAAUUAACACUCAGCUGAAGUUGAUGUGUCGGAAGCGGGAAAAAUGGGCAAGCAUAAGGAUCUGAGUGACUUUGACAAGGGCCAAAUCAUGAUGGCUAGACCAGUUGUUUCCCAACCCAGUCUUCAAGGAACCCCCCGUCCUUUUUUUUUUUUUUCUAAUUUCUUCCAAUUUAGUGGCCAAUCGAUCCCUAUUCUAGUGCAAACACCCACCCUCGUACUGCAUGCGUUCGCCAACCGCAUCUCUCCGGCCGGCAGUCUCAAAGGAGACACCUCCCCACUUUCGUGACAAGGCAACUCCAGGCCGAACCACUGCUUUUUCUGACACACAGAGACGCAUUCAUGUGACGAACACAAGCCGACUCCGCCCUCCUCCUGAAGACAGCGUUGCCAAUUAUUGCUGCUUCAUCGAGUCCGGCCAUAGUCGGAUGUGACGAGACCGGGGCGCGAACCCCGGUCCCCAGUGGGCAACUGCAUCGACACAAAGCCGAUGCUUAGACCGCUACACCACCGCGGACCCUAAGGAACCCCUAUCCUGCAGAUUUUCUUUGCAACCCUGAAUAGGUACCUGUUUGUAGUUAUUCAACCAAUCAGCAAUGAAUUAUGUCAGAUGUUGCACACCUUGCAUAAUUAAGUGCUGUGAGAUGAUUGGUUAAGUACAAGCAGGGAUACCUAUGCAGGGUUACAAUGAAAAUCUGAAGGAUAGGGGUUCCUCAAGGACUGGGUUGGGAAACGCUGGGCUAGACGACUGGGUCAGAGCUUCUAAAACGGCAGGACUGGUGGGGUGUCCGCGGUAGGCAGUGAUCAGUACCUACCAAAGUGGUACAAGGAAGGACAACUGGUGAUCCGACGACAGGGUCAUGGGCGCCCAAGGCUCAUUGAUGCGCAUGGGGAGAAGGCUAGCCCGUCUGGUCCAAUCCCACAGAAGAGCUACUGUAGCUCAAAUUGCUAUAAAAGUUAAAGCUGGCUAUGAUGGACAUGUGUCAGAACACACAGUGCAUCUCAGCUUGCUGCGUAGCCGCACACUGGUCAGAGUUCCCAUGAUGACCUCUGUCCACUGCCGAAAGUGCCUACAAUGGGCACGCGAGCAUUAGAACUGGACCAUGGAGCAAUAGAAGAAGGUGUCCAGGUCUGAUGAGUCAUGUUUUCUGUUACAUCAUGUGGACGGCUGGGUGCGUGUGCAUCAUUUACCUGGGGAAGAGAUGGCACCAGGAUGCAGCAUGGGGAGAAGGCAAGCCGGUGGAGGCAGUGUGAUGCUCUGGGCAAUGUUCUGCUGGGAAACCUUGGGUCCUGGGAUUCCUGUGGAUGUUACUUUGACACAUAUUGCUGCAGUCCUAGUACACCCGUUCUUGGCAACGGUAUUCCCUGAUGGCGGUGGCCUCAGGUGGUGUUAAUGUUUUGGCUGAUGGUGUAUCAUCAGCCCAACUACUAUAUCGGAACAUUAAAUUGAAUGAACAUCCAUCCAUCCAUUAUCCAAGCCCCUUAUCCUACUUAGGGUCACGGGAUACCGGAGCCUAUCCCAGCAGCCAUUGGGCGGCAGGCGGGGAGACACCCUGGACAGGCUGCCAGUCCUUCACAGGGCCUGAAUGAACACCAAUAAUCACAAAUUCAAGUUUAGAGAUUGAGGACAAAACAAUAUAGAAUUUGGAAAUUAAAGCACAGCAACCUGUGCACCAUUCUUGCUCAGAAAGAACUACUGCCCCCCUUUUUGAAAUAUACAUUUAAACAAAGAUAAAUCCCGAAAGACGCACUGGCGUAAACGUGCUCUUGUAGCGUGGGGGAGCAAAGUUCUUGCACACUCCUUGGACAACAAACACAUACGUCUCUUCCUUACACAAGGGCUUUUGUAUCUGUUUACAAUGACCUCGAGACACUGGAAUAUAGAAGCUGCGGUGUACUUAUGUAACAUGACCCGUGGUGGCAUGGAACCAGAUACCCUAUGCACCCGUCCACCAGCGAUCACGUUGCACCGGGACACAGCAGUUGAAAUUUCUCCUUUUUACUGUGCCUUCACCGUCACCCUUACCUAGCCUUUAGCUUCACAACCGAUGACCAGUAAUACGGCCGAGCCUCAACAAAAACACCCUAUAGUGACUUUUGGUGAUUUGAUUUCUCUCAGCUGAAUUAGCUGCUUCAUGGCACCAAUACUGCGUCUGUCACAAAACGCUUCGCUUCAGCAGCGGUUUUUCUAGUCGGCAUUUGCAAAAUAGGAAUUAUGGGUUUUGCGAUGUGUAGGAUUUAAAAGGCAUCAAUUAAAUACUGCAAACUUUCAUAAGAAAUGUUCUUACUCUUAUUAUACCUGAAUUUUCUACAUUUAUUUGAAUUCAUUGUUGGUUUUAAUAAAUUGAUCUUGUGUAAUUUUUGGUCCGGGUGGUUUAUAAAAUUCCUGUGAGAGCAAUAUACCAGUGCAAGAUCAGGUACGUCUUGCACUGAAUGCAAGAUGUAUUGUGCUAAUGAACUGAAGCAGUGGUGCAGC